CUCGGAUUUUCAUCGAGGCUAUGGCAGAAUGUCAUGAACAUCUUCCGUGUUGAGGACCUCUUCUGAGGUGAAGUCUGUUGUGGUUGGCGGUUCAACCUUUGAUGAUUUCAACAGGACGAGCCGGAGGGACCUUUGAAGCAUUUAAGCCACAUGUUUUGAAUCUGAGUUGGGUGCCUCACGGAAUGCAAUGACGGGCGCCAAGAAAUCUGCGUUUGCUGGCCAGGGCAAGGGCUGGCGCAAGGGGGUGAAAGGCAUCGGAGUGAAGAAAAAGCCAAGCGAUGGGGAUGAGCCCGUUAGAACAAAGAAGCGCAAGGUGAAGCGGCCACAGAACGGCGAUGGGGAGGCAACUGCGCGAGUUAAAAUGGAGCAGGCAGGUUUGGAGGGCACAGGAGAGGAAGGAAUCUUGGAAGGGGCGAGAUCUGGCGGCUCAGAAACUGAGACCGACAGCGCAGGGGAGAAAGUGCCCCCCCAGCGGAAGCCUAGAAAGCCCUUUCAGCCUGGCCCCCCGCUAGGAUCAAACCUCGAGGUCUCAACAAUUCCAUCUGACCUGGAGAGUGAGGGAUCGGAGGAUGACCUGGAUGAGAGAACCCCGGAGGGGCAAGCGGCGGCGCGAAGGCGGGGCUUCCGUGAGAUGGGGGACCUGUACGGAGACGAGUGCCUGGCUUUCUGUGGGGAGUUGUUGGCACUGCAGAAACAGUGGCGACAGGACUUUGAAGCUCCAGCCCCCGGGUAUGUCGUCCCCCUCACCGAGUUCCUCUUCGACGAGGCCCGCGAAGCCCCCGGUUCUGCCCCCCCUUCCUCAGAACCCCCCCCUUUCGUGGCCCUCUUUAAAAAGCUCCACGCGCCCAAGCUUUCCUCAGGUCCCAAGCGCCUGUGGCAGAAGUCCGAGGACGGCAAUCUGUUCAUGAGGGGGCAGUCCGGAAACAUCGUCAUACGACGGAAGAAGCUCAAGGAGAAAAGGCGGAGGCAAUCGUCUGAGGGGGAAGAGGAUGUGACGGAAAAUGCGGAGGGAGUGCUGGUGCGGCGACGGAAGACGAGGAAAGAUAAGGGGGUGGCCAAAACGCACGGCAAGUACGUGAAGCCAGGGGACGAGGGGCAAGAAGGACAGACCGUGCUUUUCUUAACGCCUGAAGAGGAGGACCUCGCCAAGAUGCGGCGCAUGAUCCAGAACGAGCUGGCGGCCUCGGUCGAGACUGGGCCGAUCGAUGCCCCACGAAGCCAAGCCCCGUGGACGGAUCCGGAACGGGAGGCGUUCAAGCGGUCCCUCUUCCUCUUUGGUCUAGGACGCUUAGAAAAGGUGCAGAGCCACAUGCGGCAGUGCCACAAGAAGUCGCGCCAGCUGCUGGGCGAUGUGACCGACGCAGCAUACCAGCUGUUGGAGCAGUGCCUGGCGCACAUCGAGGGCUCCGACGCGACGCUCACGCAGAAGCGGAUGCAGGACCUGCUGAAACGGAGAGCGCAUGGGGACGACGUGGAAACCGGGCCCGAGGUGGCUGCGCGCGUCGGCGUGUUUGCCAAGCUGCCAACCAACGCCAAGUCGUGGGUGCGUCGCCUGCAACUUCUGGACGGUUUGGACCACGCGCUGCACGUGUGCGGCAGCAAAGCCACGCAGAAGGACGCGUUCAAAAUCAUCUUGCUGAUAGCAGAGGACGGCACAAAGCCUGCCACGUGGUGGACACGCAAUGCUGACAUUGCGCUGAUGGUGGGCGUCUACCGGCACGGUUAUGCAAACUACGACGCAGUCAGGGUGGAUCCGGAGUUUGCAGAAGCAUUUGCGCCAGCGCUCGAGGCAGAGGGCGCCGCGGAGCCCGUCCGUCGGAAGCGGCGGCGGAAGAAGCAAGCGGAGGGCGAAGGAGAGGAGGGCGACCAAGAGGACGCAGACGGGGAGGGAGUCGUCGCCGAGAGUUUCAUCGAGAGCCUCGUGGAGGGGGACCUUGCGGCAGGGGGCUCAGCGGAGGUAGAAAUUCCGAUAGGGGGGGUAGUUGAGCCCAGUAGGCUGGCCCCCGGAUUGGAGGUGAAGUUGGUCGGAAGCGGGGGGAGUGGGGAAAAGCGCCCACUGAUUGAUCUGGACCUUAACGCCCCAGCAGAGGACGUGUCCCCCCGGGGGGGUGACGGUGCGGGGGUGUCAGGAGGGGGGUCGGCGGAAAAGUCGGAGAAGGGAUCCCCGCCGGAGAAGAGUGGGCCGGGGGAGGAUGGAGAAGGGGGCGCGAAGAAGAAAGCCGGGAAGAAGAGGAGAAAGAGUGGAGAGGAGGAGGGGGAAGAAGAUGGGGACGAGAAAGAGGGCGUGGGGGGAUGGCCCGCAUCGGUCCCGCUGACUCUGCGGUUGAAGAGAUUGAUCACGCAUCUGGCGCGGGGGUUGAAGAAGCCGGUCGGGAUUCACCUGCAAAAGGAGGAGGGCCCCGCCGCGCCGGCGGCUGGCAAGGCGGGCAAGCGGCCGGCCUGGUCCAAGAAGGAGAAGCAGGAUCUGGUGCGGGCGCUGACCGCCUUUGGGCUCCCGGAAACACCAGACGGCCAGCCGGACUGGGCGCAGCUGCUGCAGUCAGCGGGCCUGCCCAAGAAGGCGGAGAGCAGUGCGCUCGCGUGCUUCGAGGAGCUGCUGGCAGAGGCGACCUCGGUCCUCAGGGACAACAAGGCAAUGCGGAAGCGGCAGCGGAAGCCCAUCAAGCACAUGUGCACAUGCACGUGCUCCCACUGCAAGCAGAAGCGCCUCGAGUCGUUACCUGGUCCGCAGCAGAAGGCGCGGAGGAAGGACGAGCACGGCGGGGAGCUGGGGCCUCCUGUUUUGAUCAACGUGAUUGCCGCCAAGAAGCUGUUGGACCGCCUGGAGACGCUUGAGAUCCUGCGCAAGGCGCUCGCGCUCAUCCCAGGGGACUGGACCAGCAAGGAGCUGGGCUUCUACCGCACGGCGGACCUGCCCCGGUGGUGGCAGGCCGGGCUGCACGACCGGGAGUUUUCCCUGGGGGUCAUCAAGCACGGCAUCGGCAACUGGGCCGCAAUUGGGGGGGAUCCCUCGCUGGCCUUCCCGCAGCCGGAGGACUUCAAGAACGAGGACGAGCAAGAUGAAGGGGCGGCGCCCGAGGGCGGAGCGGAGAGCGCUCCUGCGGAAAAGGGGGAUGACGUCAGGGUGACGUCAGGGGCAGGCGAGGAGGGCGGGGGGGAGGAGGAGGGGACGGCCGGCGACAAUGUGGGGGGACACAAGGAGGGGAGUGCGGAGCCACCCGGAGGGGGGUGGGCGUUUCCGGGGAGCAAGGUGCUGCUGCGGCGGCUCAAGUACAAUACGCAGAUCCUGAAGCGCAGCGUAGCAAGGCAUCAGAAGAAGACGUUGCCGGCGUCCGAAGCGGACCACCGUCCGGACCCUGGCAAGGCGCCCAAGCGGCAGGGCCAGGAAUCCGCUGUAGACGGUGCGCGGAAGCCGACGAAGCGGAGAAGGUCCAACGACGACGAACAGGGGGCUCAUCCGAAAGACGAUCCGCAGCCCAGUACGGUUGGGGAAAGCGAAUCCAUGCUAGGAGGCGGGGGUAACCCGCUUGACCAAGCACUGGCCGCCUCGGUGGAGACCGAGGCGGCUGGGCAUGAUAGAAAGCCGGAAGGUGAAUCAGGAGAGGACAAUAUGAUGGUGGAUGCGGCUGUUUAGUGUUGAAUCGAUCGGCUCACCUAAAGUGCCCUACAGACUAUGGAAGGAGGGCUCUGUAAGGCAAAGUUGCGGGUGCUUCUCCCCCACAAUUUUGACAAGCCUACGACCUUGUGCAUGCGCUGUUUGGUAUGUGCAACAAUCGAGCUGUUGCGCUAGCUACAUUGGCGGAAUAGCUCUGCCGACAAUGCAUGUUAGGUGCAAACACGCUUCCCGCU